CUCCCCGCCAUUUCUCCUCCAAUUUUUCCCUAUAAAACCUCCUCCACCUCCAUUCUUUCAAACCAGCCUCGGAAAUAACAAAGUUCCAUCCAAUAAAAAAACUUACUAAAAGCAAAUAAAGCUUCUACCCUCAGGAAGGCCUUGUAGUGUUUCCGGUUCCCACCUGUUCGUCGAUCGUCUCGCCUCGCUCCUCUCGUUACUCGUCCGACAGAGAUAAGUAGACAUGGGAGCCUGUGCGAGCAAACCUAAGGAUUUGGACACACAAGAGGCCCCUGUCCCUGAGGCCCCUCUUUCCCCCAAGAAACCCGAGAUCCAGGCUGCUCCCGAGGAAAAUAAGGAGGAUGGAGAGGAGACAAAGAAGGAAGAGCCAUUGGUAGAUCUAACAGAGCCAGCUCAAGAGGCACCUAAGGCAGAGGAAGUGGCGGUAGAGACAGAAACCCCAAAGGUCGAAGUUGUCCCAGCGGAAACCGCCCCGACCGCUGCGGUUGUGGAAAAAGCGGCCACCGAGGAAGCUACAAAGGUCGGCGAUGAAGAGAAGAAGACAGAAGAAGUAGCAGUUGUUGUUCCUGCUGUUGCUGCUGUGUCGGAGGUCAAAACUGAAACGUCCGUCGCUGCCUAAGUUUGAUGUUACAACGUAAAUCACCGGUGGAUAGUUUCGCUUAUUUUGUUGUGUUCCAUUUUAUGAUGUUAAUAUGUUUGAGGCUCAAUGUAACAAUAACCCCCAAAAAAUGAAAAAUUAAUAAUAAGGGAAAAUCCCAAAACUAACCCAAUUGUGC